CCCUCGACCUCGACCUCGACCAUUUUUCUCGCCGGCAGGCUCAGUCUUGAGUCAGACUUCACGCCGUCCUUCUCCGUGCUUUGAAAACCGCUUAGGCUCAAAGUUGUCUGAGUCCUAGCCAGGCGACUCCCAUGCUGAGCCACAUCUCGCUAUGGUACUCGUGAGCGCGUCCGUCGACGUCUAUCUCUUCACCGCCAUCGCGGUCACCCUUCCCGUCGUCUUCUACCUGCGUCAGCGGAACAGCAGCUCUCGCCCAGAAACACCGUAUGAGCCCUACCUCACCAUUCUCGUGGGCCUACACACGCUGUACAUCUUGUACAACCUCAUUCUCUGCUGGCCCCUCAACCUCUUCAGCCGGCUGCAUAUACCGCUCAAUGCCUCGCCGGAUACAAUACGGAGCACGAUUAUACGACGUGCGGGACUGGAUACGCACGCGCCGCUUCCGAGGUCGCUUGAGAACCUCUUGACUCGCCUCUCGUCGUUCGAGAUGCGCACGCUCUAUGUCAGAUUCGGACAAGCCGUCUUGCAAGAAUGUGAGCACUGCAAGACGUUCGAUGACUACGCGCUCUUCGCGCUACCGCGCGCGCUCGCAGAAUACGUCUGCGAAGUGGCCGUCGUCGGGCUGCUCACCAUCCAUAGGACCGGACGCGAACGCUGGCGAACAUACAUCGUCGGCGCGCUCAUAUGCGCUGCGGUAACGGAAACGUAUUGGAUCAUCACCGCCACAGUCGACGUCCCGCCAAACGGGCUGGACGUGUUCAUGGUACGCCCGAUCACCCUUCCCCUCACUCUCCCGACUCAUCAACACCCCAGUGGCACGAUACACUCUGGGCCCUCCGCCAGCUCAUUUUCCUCCUCACGCCCGUCCUCACGCAGUUCCUCCUGCCCUCCACACCCCGCGGGCUCGCCGACCCCGCGGCUCCCGCGAAUGCCGCCCACAUCGCGCUCGAGCAGGCGUCCACCCGGCUCGCGACGCUGCGGUAUACACGUGGCGCGGUGAUGCGUGACCCACGGACACGCGCCGCCGCAGGCGAGUGGUGGGAUCGGCAGCGGGUGGAGGGCGAAUGGGCGAGGGAGGACGAGGGUGUGAGGAGGAUCGCGGAGAGGCUGGGGAAAGGAUUCGCGGAGGGA